AUGAUUCCCCUCGCAACCGCCAAGUACGACUGGAUCCUCGCCAUCACCUCCAUUACCUUCGUCUUCAGCGCUUUUGGCAAUGGAGCCAACGAUGUCGCCAACUCAUAUGCCACUUCUGUUGCGGCUCGUACGCUGAGCAUGUGGCAGGUCGGUAUCCUGGCCGUUUGCACCGAAUUCAUUGGUGCUGUCGCCCUUGGCUCUCGCGUCACCGACACUAUCAAGUCUGGUAUUAUCGACAUCCGCCGUUUUGAUGAUAAGCCUGGUCCUCUCAUGCUGGCCAUGGGAUGUGCUGAGAUGGGUAAUGCCGCCUGGCUGAUGUUCGCUACGGGCAUGGGCUGGCCGGUGUCGACGACGCAGACCAUUGUCGGUGCUCUCGUCGGUGUUGGGUUUGCCACCCAGGCCUCUAUCCAUUGGGAAUGGACCAAGGGCAGUGUCUCCCAGAUUGCUGCCUCGUGGGGAAUUGCCCCCGCCAUCGCUGCCGGUUUCUCUGCCAUCAUCUUUGGAAUCUUGAAAUACACUGUUCUCGAGCGCAAGGACCCCUUCAAGUGGGCUAUGCGUCUCAUCCCCGUCUAUCUGGCCACCACUGGUGCCAUCCUCGCCCUCUUCAUCGUCGUUGAAGCCCCCACUGCCCCCUCGCUUGAAGAGUUCGGUGUUGGCAAGGCCACCGGAAUUAUCCUGGGUGUUUUCUUUGGCUGCCUGCUCAUCGGCGUCGUCUUUUUCGUUCCUUACUUCCACCGCCGUCUUGCUAUGAAGGAUGCCCGUGUCCGCUUCUACCACCUCCCUCUGGGGCCCUGGCUUCUCAAGGAGAACUGCCCGCUCUACUUCCCUGGCAAGGGCGACCAAUACGUCAUCAGCUACUACGAGGACGCCUUCGGCGAGGUCCGCGCCGGCACCAAGAUCGACGAGAAGGACAACAGCAACCCCACCCAGCCUACCGAUACCAAAGUCCUCACCGACCCUACUGACAUCGAGCGCAACGCCGUCUCCGUACAAAGCACCCCGCAGAUCAAGCCCCGCGAGAAGUUCUUUGGCUCCUACGAACGCUUCCUCCACCCCGUCCAGCACCUCCCCUGGAGCCACCCCCGCAAAUGGUACGGCUAUCUCAAAUUCGCCUGGCUGCAGGGCGUCACCCGCGACGUGGUCACCCACGACUCGGCCGAGCUGCGCGACAUCCACUCCCGCGCCCGCCGCUACGAUGACCGCGUCGAGCACCUCUGGACCUACUGCCAGGUCGUCUCGGCCAUGAUGAUGUCCAUCGCACACGGCUCCAACGACGUGGCUAAUGCGGUCGGCCCCUGGGCGGCCGUCUACGCGACCUUCCGCGCCGGUGUCGUCGACACCGAGACCCCCACCCCUGUCUGGUUCCUGGUCAUUGCCGGUCUGCUGCUUGGCCUUGGCUUCUGGUUCUACGGCUACAACAUCGUGCGCGCGCUGGGCAACAAGAUCACCCAGAUGUCGCCGACCAGAGGAUUUGCCACGGAGCUUGGAGCGGCGAUCACCGUGCUCCUGGCGUCCCGCUUGGGAUUGCCCGUCUCGACGACGCAGUGCUUGACUGGUGCCGCUACGGGUGUGGCUCUCAUGAACUAUGAUCUGGGCGCUGUGAACUGGAAGCAGCUGGGCUUUAUCUUCAGUGGAUGGGUGUUGACUUUGCCCUCUGCUGGAUUGAUUGCCGGCUUGUUGUGUUUGAUGGCGUUGAACGCGCCCCAUUUCUAG